CCACCAUGGAUUAACAGAUUCAGAGCUCCCCAAAGGGAAACAAACCAAAAGCCAUGGCUGAAACUUCUUCAACAUCAUCUCCAAAACACCUCCAAUCGCCAAAUCCCAUGAUGAUGGACCCUUCGUCGUCGGUUCCUGCUCCACCGUUGUCAACGGCGACGGCAAACAUUAACCCAACACCGCCUCUGACUGCGCCAUCUCCGUCAACAACACCGACAGCUACGAAUUCCACAAUUCUUCCUCAAAACAACAACAGCAACCCUUCUCCUUCAAUUGAUCCCUCACUGCAAAAUUUACAGCAGCAGCAGCAAAUCUCGCAAAUUUCGUCGCCGCCUCUCCCAAAUCUAACCCAACAACAACAACAACAGCAUCCUCAGCAACAAAUUUUACAGCAACAGACGCAACAAGGCGUUGGGGGUCUAUCCAAUUUCCAAAUGCAGCAAACCCUUCAAAGAUCGCCGUCGAUUUCGCGCAUUAAUCAACUCCAACAACAGCAACAAACCCAGCAGCAGCAGUCUCAAUAUGGAAGCGUUUUAAGACAACAAGCUGGGUUGUACGGGCAAAUGAAUUUUGGUGGUUCAGCUUCGAUUCAAGCAGGUCAACAACAGAAUCAGCAGAUGGGUAAUCCCAAUUUAUCUAGGUCAGCUUUGAUUGGGCAAAGUGGUCAUUUGCCUAUGCUCAGUGGUGCAGCAGCUGCUGCUGCUGCUCAGUUUAAUUUGCAGUCUCAGCUUUUAGCUUCGCCGAGACAGAAAGCUGGUUUGGUGCAAGGAUCUCAGUUUCAUACGGGAAACCCAACUGGGCAAUCUUUGCAUGGGAUGCAGGCAAUGGGGAUGAUGAAUUUGAGCUCACAACUAAGGAAUAAUGGUGCUCUUUAUGCUCAACAGCAGAUGAAUCAGGGACAGAUGAGACAGCAGUUAUCGCAACAGACACAACUCACAUCACCUCAGGUUCAAAGCUUACAAAGAACAUCUUCUCAGGCAUUUAUAAACCCUCAGUUAUCAGGGCUAGCUCAGAAUGGACAACCGGGUAUGAUGCAGAACUCUCUCUUGCAGCAACAGUUGUUGAAACAAAUGCCGUCAAUAUCAGGUGCAGGGUCACCUUCCUUCCGCCUUCAGAGGCAGUCACAAAUCCUCUUGCAACAGCAACUCGCUUUUUCUUCACCUCAGUUGCAAAAUUCAAUGGGCUUGAAUCCUCAACAAUUAUCUCAGCUAGUACAACAGCAGUCACAAAUGGGGCAAUCUCAAAUGCAGCAGCCACAGCAGCAGCUACAACAACAGCCUCAACAACCAUUACAACCACAACAGUCACCGUUGCAUCAGCAACAACAGCAGCAGUCUCCAAGGAUGACCAGACCUGCAGGCCUGAAAACUCUCAGUUUGACAGGCUCACAGCCCAAUGCAACUGCAUCCAGUACAACCACACCUGGGGGAAGUUCAAGCCAAGGAACUGAAGCGACCAAUCAACUUCUCGGAAAAAGAAAGAUACAGGAUCUAGUUUCACAGGUUGAUUCACAAGGAAAGCUAGAACCUGAAGUUGAAGAUCUACUUCUGGAGAUUGCUGAUGAUUUCAUAGACUCUGUGACUACAUUUGCAUGCAAUUUGGCGAAGCAUCGCAAAUCUUCAACAUUAGAGUCCAAGGAUAUCUUACUGCACUUAGAGAAAAACUGGCGUUUGACUAUUCCAGGAUUUUCAAGCGAAGAGCGGGACCAAACAAGACCUUUAUCGAGUGACCUCCACAAGAAGCGUCUUGAUAUGAUACGAGCACUGAUGGAAUCGUCACAGCUCGAAACAAAUGCAAAUAAUCCUAAAGAAAUGCUGAGACAAGGGGUUGGCAACCCAGCUGGUGCAAACCAUUUAAUGAGACCUUCACCAAGUUCCGAGCAGUUGGUUUCACAAGCAGCUGGUUCACAAAUGCUGCAGCAAAUAACUCGAUACUGACUAAAAGUUGUCCAUAAUUUGGAUCCAAAAUCCUUUGUUUAUGGAUCCACCGUAGGUUAUAGUAACUGAAGCUUGACAAAAGCAAAAGCUGUAAUUACUUGGUAAAAGUGUCAAAGACGUUGAACUUUUUAAAAUCUAUCGCGCUGUUUGACCAUCUAGUUUAUGUUGUAAGUGAAUCUAUUAAUGGAGUUUAUAAAGCGAGUUUAUUAUCCCGGUUUAAGCU